AUGAAGCACCGAGAAGUUGGUGAUUCUUACAAUGUUCCUUUGAACAUAUAUAACUCAUGGAAUUCUGAUUCUCCUGCUGCUCCUGCAUUAUACAUUUUUGGCGAUUCUUUGUUCAAUAGUGGGAAUAAUAAUUUUUUACCAACUCUAUCCAAGGCGAAUUUUCCGCCCUACGGUGUAGAUUUUAACGGAGGAGCCACCGGAAGAUUUACGAACAGAAAAAUAUUUCCUGAUUUAUUUCUUGGAUUGCCAUAUUCACCUCCAUACCUGAGUAUAAGAGGAUCACCAGAGUUGACAGGGCUGAAUUUUGCACCAGCAUCCAGUGGCAUUCUUCCUGAGACUGGAAAUUCAACUGGUAAAUGCCUGAAUUUCGUUGAGCAAAUUGACUUAUUUAACCAUACGGUUGAACUGGAAUUGCCCAAGCACUACAAAACCUCAUCCGAAGUUUCAAAUUAUUUGUCAAAAUCAGUGUUUGUUAUUACUAUUGGCAGCAAUGACUACCUCGACUAUAUUAAACCACAGUUAUUAACACCAAAACGCCGUUAUGAUCCUCAAUCAUUUGCCAAACGUCUCAUAGAGGAUUUAUCCCAACAAUUUCAGGUACGGCCCCAUAAAUAUUGA